CACCCAGACAACCCCAGUGAGAAUCUCAAAUCUCUGUUUCGUGAAAAGGAAAGCGUGGACAAACCAAAACCCUUUCCCCUCCACUACCUCCUCAUGGCAUGUCGGCGCAAGAAAACUCGCCAAUCGCUCCACCCCGCCGGCGACGCCCUGUGAUCGUCGUAGGUCGCCGGCAUCUCACGUUUCUAAUUUAGGUCCGUGCCAGUGAAGCCUAAGCCCUAGAACAGCUAUUCCGCAGUUGUUUUUCUUGUUUCAUAGUUGGAAUUUCAUACUCGCGAUCUCAAGCUGGCUGCGAGAAUCAAGGGUGGGAGUAGGAGUGAGAGUGAGAGAAAGAUGUAUGUGGUUCCUCCUCCACAGGGGACGGAUCCGGGUUCUGGAUCCACAAGUGGUUCGGAUUCUUUACGAACUUACCAGACCUGGAAAGGCAGCAAUAUAUUUUUUCUUCAGGGGAGGCUUAUAUUUGGACCCGAUGUUAGAUCUCUGGGGCUGACCAUAUUCCUUAUUGUCGCCCCUGUCACGGUUUUCUGUGUCUUUGUUGCCAGAAAACUGAUGGAUGAUUAUCCUCACCACUUGGGAAUAUCAAUAAUGGUUGUUGCUGUUGUAUUCACUUUUUAUGUUUUAGUUCUUCUCCUGCUAACCUCUGGAAGAGAUCCUGGUAUAAUUCCUCGCAAUGCCCACCCUCCAGAGCCUGAAGGUUAUGAUGGAAGUGCAGAAGGUGUUGGUGGCCAAACACCACAGUUACGUCUGCCUCGCAUUAAAGAAGUAGAGGUCAAUGGGGUCACUGUCAAGAUCAAGUAUUGUGAUACCUGCAUGCUUUAUAGACCUCCUCGCUGCUCACACUGUUCCAUAUGUAAUAACUGCGUCGAACGAUUUGAUCACCACUGCCCUUGGGUUGGGCAGUGUAUUGGACUGCGUAAUUAUCGAUUUUUCUUCAUGUUUGUCUUCUCGACGACUCUUCUUUGUAUAUAUGUGUUUGGGUUCUGCUGGGUCUAUAUUAAGAGGAUCAUGGAUUCAGAGGAGACAACGAUUUGGAAAGCAAUGAUCAAGACCCCCGCCUCCAUUGUGCUAAUAGUUUACACCUUCAUAUCAGUGUGGUUUGUCGGUGGCCUAACUGCAUUCCAUUUAUAUCUGAUCAGUACAAAUCAGACUACCUAUGAGAAUUUCAGAUACCGAUAUGAUCGACGAGCCAACCCCUACAACAAAGGAGUGGUGCAGAACUUCAAGGAGAUAUUUUGCACCAGCAUUUCCCCAUCUAAAAACAAUUUCAGGGCAAAGGUACCAAAGGAACCUGGAUUACCAGGUAGAUCAGUGGGUGGGGGUUUUAUCAGCCCAAACAUGGGGAAAGCUGUGGAAGACAUUGAAAUGGGCAGAAAAGCAGCAGCAUGGGGAGAUGUGGGUGCUGGGCCAGAUCAUUGUGAAGGGCAAAUUUACAACAACGACAGCCUGAACGUUAAGGAUAAUGGUGGUUUAGGUGAAAUAUCCCCGGAUGUAAGGACUACAAUAGAGGACAUGGGGGAGCUAGGUGGUGGAGUACAUCCCAGGCGUUCCAGUUGGGGAAGGAAAAGUGGAAGCUGGGAAAUGUCACCUGAAGUUCUGGCUUUGGCAGCUAGAGUGGGAGAACCCAACCGGGUGGGUGGGAGUAGCAGUGGCAGCUUGAUGUCUGGUAACCGGAAUGCAGACCCAAAGCUGUGACAGAUAACCAGAAAUAUGAAGAAUUGUUAGGGAAUGAAUGGGUUAACUGAGGUAUAUCCUGGUCAUUCAACUUCCACGCUAUGUUCUGUGCAUUAUGCUUUUUAACUUUUGGGGUGGAUGUGGGGGGAGUUUGAUCCUUGCUUGGUGGGGUGUCCUAGAGUGUGGUUUGGGCUUCGUGUUUUUAGAAAGGAGUGGUAUGUUGGUGUUAUGAGAGUUUUCUAUUGUCAAAAUCCUGAUUUUGUAUCUGUACUUUGUGGAAUUAGUUAGUGUCUGAUUGCUCUGUCUCUC